AUGGUGAACCCCAACGGUUACAGACGCGGUACCCGCUAUAUGUUCAGCCGGGACUUCCGGAAGCACGGAACCGAGCCCCUUUCCACCUUCUACCGCACCUACAAGCGAGGAGACAUCGUCACCAUCAAGGGAAAUGGUGCCUUCCACAAGGGCAUGCCCUUCAAGGUCUACCACGGAAAGACUGGCCGCGUCUUCAACGUCACCGCUCAUGGCCUUGGAGUUAUUGUGAACGAGCGUGUCCGGUGAGUUUUUUGAGAAAUUAUUGCUUGGUCUUUAGGUAUAAUGUAUAAUAGGGCCUUGCUUACUUUCUUAGGAAGGCAAUGUUGGAAUUUCAGUAGUUGAUUUUAAUGAGGAGGGAAUUUAGGAUGUACUCAUACCAUUUUGUACUGGAAUGUAGAUUUUUGGGCAACGUUUUACUCGGCUGAAAAAUUUUUAAAAAUUUUGAGUGUUGCCUAAAAUUACUUUAAUUUAUUAAAAGAAAUAGCUCUUCCGCAUCAUCUUUUGUCUAAUUUAGUCCCCAGCAAUUAAAAAUUUUUCCCUAGUACAAUAUGAUUUUGCAGCAACCGUAUCAUCCCCAAGAGAAUCAACGUUCGUGUGGAGCACGUCCGACCCUCUCUUUCUCGUGCCGAGUUCUUGGAACGAUGCAAGAAGAACGACCAACAGAAACGCGACGUUAAGGAAGGCAAAGCUGAAUACAGACCACUCAAGAGACAGGUAAAUUAUAUUUCGCAUCUCAAUUCGCUUUAUUUUCUUUUUUAUAACAAACAAGAUGGUUUACUUUCGAUUUUCAGCCCGCCGGACCUCGUGCCGCCCAUCUGAUCAAGGUGAACAAAUUGAAUGCCCCAGAACUGUUGGCUCCAGUCAAAUUCGAGAUUGUCGCAUAA